AUUACCAAAACUAUUACUCCCCACAAAAAAGUGCUUUCUACGGGAUUAAAUCACAAAAGAAAAUUCAAUACAGCAUUUUUGAAGAAGAAAGAGUCUGUAACAUCUUUGUUUACUGUAAAAUAUGUGUCUUCCCCUCAGGAAGCAGAUAGCUUGGCUGAUGCUGAAGAAAGAUGUGACCAGCUCAUCAAAACCAAAAUCCAGCUGGAAGCCAAAAUUAAGGAGGUGACAGAAAGAGCUGAGGAUGAGGAGGAAAUUAAUGCUGAGCUGACAGCCAAGAAAAGGAAACUGGAGGAUGAAUGCUCAGAGCUGAAGAAAGAUAUAGAUGACCUGGAGUUAACGUUGGCCAAGGUUGAGAAGGAAAAGCAUGCCACUGAGAACAAGGUGAAAAACCUCACAGAGGAGAUGGCAGCCCUGGAUGAGACCAUUGUGAAGCUGACAAAAGAGAAGAAAGCCCUCCAAGAGGCCCAUCAGCAGACACUGGAUGACCUGCAGGCUGAAGAAGACAAAGUCAAUACGCUGACCAAAGCUAAAACCAAGCUGGAGCA